AUGAGUAAUGGAUUUUUUAACAAGUACAGCAUGGAGUAUGCAUCAACUGGCCUUGUUGUUCCAGUUAUCCGUAAUGCUGAUAAGAUGAAUUUUGCUGAGAUAGAGAAGGAAAUCAACACCCUUGCUAAGAAGGCAAAUGAUGGAUCCAUAUCUAUUGACGAGAUGGCUGGAGGUUCAUUCACUAUAUCUAAUGGUGGUGUUUAUGGAAGCCUUUUGAGUACCCCCAUCAUCAACCCCCCUCAGUCUGCAAUCCUGGGUAUGCACUCAAUAGUCUCCCGUCCGAUGGUUGUUGGGGGCAACAUAGUUCCAAGACCAAUGAUGUACAUUGCCCUCACAUAUGACCAUAGGCUGAUUGAUGGCAGAGAGGCAGUGUUCUUCUUGAGAAGAAUCAAGGACGUGGUGGAAGACCCACGGAGGCUGCUCCUUGAUAUAUGA